UCGCCUACUUUCUGAUUCUUUCUGAUCCCCGGGACACCCAUAUGAGUCAGUUAUUUUCUCACAAUGCAUGCAAUGUAAACAUACCUUUACCCCGUGCGUUUACCACACUUCUGAUACAGCAUCGUUGCUGUCGAUUUACGUCCAACGUAGCUGCGAUGAACAUUACCACACAGAGUAUGCAUGGUGCAGAGUCAAGUUUAUCAGGAUUGGGUUGAAGUUUGUCAUUUCAACUGCACAUAAAACGUGAGAACUCGGGUACAGCAUCCUAGAGCGUUGAGAGUUGGGAUUGCAUUCACAGUUGAUCGUCUUCAUUCUACUUCGUCUCAUUAUGCGGAUCAUCUGGACUCCUUUUGGAAAAUAAUCACCAUCUCAAUAUAUCACUUAAAAAUGGCUGGAAUCUCGAAUUUAAAUGUGCCGGUUGUUCUUUUAUUUUCGUUUGCUAUUCUGCAGACAUCGGGCUACUUUGAUCCGAGUCGAAGUAGUGAUGCAUUCGGUCGUCGAUUCAUCGUUACCCUACCCAUUGAAGCGGAUACCAGUAUACGAAUGAUACAUAAUAUUUAUGUAUCAUCAAGAAGCAGCGAGAUUGUACAGGUAAGCGUCUCAAGACCAAAUACAUCAUGGACGAUUCCCAACGUAGCAAUCCAACCGGGCAUCGUAGCCAACAUCACCCUCAAUAUGGCAGGAACACUCAGGAUUCCUUUCAAUCCUAAUGGAAUACCUAUCCAAAUCGAAUCACAGCAUGACAUCGGUGUAUGGGUCAUCCCUGGUCGUGGGGAUUCAGUUCUAGGUGGUUACCGGGCGAUCCCAAUGGAGGCACUUGCUCAACAUUAUGUUUCCGUAAUGUACCCGUCUUCCGCUUAUUCAUCAGAGGUCAUUCUAUUUAAUCCUCUCAAUGAAAGCAAUGAAAUCAAAAUCUAUCAUCAAAAUACAGAUAUGACAAUAACAAUUGACAACGUCACGAGCGCGGUCCACGCUAUUCCUGAUAUUCCUAACUUGUUUACAAUACCGAAAGUGGAUUCGGCCAAGAUUUCCUCUUCUUCAGAUCUUAGCGGAUUAAAGAUAUCAGCUGCGAAGGCUAUGUGGGUGACGUCUGGUCGAAAUUGCAGUAGGUCUCCUCAAGCUUGUAAUGACCUCUUGGAGCAGCCAACUCCACUUGGAGCGUGGGGGCAGUCGUUCGUCAUUGUUCCUCAGAUCACCAUAGGGCCAUCCAUCAUGAAACUUAGAAUCAUUACAGCCUUUCUACACACUAAUACUACAGUGUCUACAUACACCACAUCAGGAUUACUCAUGGAGAACUGGACAUUGACAGAAAAGGCGGUGUUUAAAGAUAUCAAUGUGACACAAGGUAGACUAUUUACGAUUAGAGCCAACAAACCCAUAAUGGUCACCCAGUUCUAUACGGACAAGCAAAGAAGGUUAGACUACGCUGCCAUGUCUAAUAUUCCACCUGUUGAGCAAUUCACUAAUCGAACAGUUGUCUUCCCUGCUCAGAACGAUCGUAUAUUUAAUAACACCCUGGUGGUAAUUACUCGAUGUGAGCACAGAAAAGACAUUCUCCUCAACAACAAAGACAUCUCAAACAAUUAUUCAGUUAGUGUAAACUUUAAUUCGAUGCAAAACUCUUCCGUGCACGGGACAUACUGUGUUUUCAACACCACACUGGUAUCAGGGUCGAAUCCUGGAUCACAUACUUUGAAACUCAGAAGUAAUGCUAAUAUUGGUGCUGCCUAUUCAGCCAUAGUGUAUGGCGUAGGGACAAAGGCAGCCUAUGCCUACCAGGUAGCUUCAGAUCUACAGGAGAUUGUCUGUGGUAUGGAAGGUGGCCACGUCAGUUUAUGUGAAUUCUAUAUACCUCCAGAUUACAUCACGCCUUCCAUGAACGAUACAAAUAACCCUACAGGGGGAUCUGAGGAUACGAACAACACAAACAGUCAUAGUCACACCAUAGCAGUUGUCAUAGUGUUAGUCAUCCUCUCAUCUCUAGCAAUCAUCAUCGUCGUGAUCGUCGUCCUGGGGAGUUGCGGCAAGGACAAGGGACCAAGGGUGGCGUGGCGGAGAUUGCAGAACACGGAGAUGCAUUACGACCCAUCUUACGAUGAAGAUAAUGUGGAGGUUGAUGUCUGAAGCUUUAAGAAUUUCAGAUCCAUGUUACAUUACACAAAUCCAUUAGGUUUUUUGUGAUGUUGCCAGGGCAGUUUAUAAUUGACGAACCAGUCAGAGUCAACAUUGUGCCUCUUUUUUCCAUCCCGAAUGAUAAAAUGUGAAACCGUGCAUGUUCAUUAAGACACUAAAUAAAAUGUUCAUUCUAAAACACCCGGGGCAUAUCUAUGCAAAAUAGGGCUAGCAAUUACGCCCCAUUCAAUCUUUAACAAACUUAACGCUGAUCAAAUUUCAAAGUGUGGAUGCUAUGUCGGUGCCAAUAUAAAUGAGUUAGUAUCGAAUACGCAUUCGCAAGUCAAGGGGCACCGUGGAACCGGGGGAAAUAGGUAAUAACUUCACUAAAACGUGUAUACAUACUACCUAUCUGAUCAGAUUGUGUGUUUUGUUUUUCAUGGCCCACCCGCGCCCCCCCCCCCCC